CCCGCAACCUGUUCACAUCUGACUGGAUUUUACGCACGCAUGAAGCACAGCGUCGGUCGCCGACUUCAACGGAGAUUAUACGAAGCUCUCGGACAUUCGUAUUCUUGUCUUUUCAUCCACAGCCCAGCGAUAGCCCGAAACGUCGGCAAAAUGACGGGCUCUGAUAUUUCCCACAUCCUGAAGGAGGGAGAGCUGGAGAAAAGGAGCGACAAUCUCCUCCAGUUCUGGAAGAGGAAGACCUGCGUCCUCACCACGGACAGCCUGAACAUCUACACCGACCAGCAGAAGAAGAACAAGACCAAAGAACUCAAGCUACAGUCCAUCAAGAAGGUGGAUUGUGUGGAACGCACUGGGAAGUUCGUCUACUUCACUAUUGUGACCACAGACAAUAAGGAGAUAGACUUUAGGUGCCCAGGCGAGGAGAACUGCUGGAAUGCCGUGAUCACAAUGGCCCUGAUUGACUUCCAGAACAGAAAGGCCAUUCAGGACUUUAAAACGCGACAGGAAUCAGAGAACACUUCUCUGGGACAGCAGGAGAGAUGCAAGGCUAGAGCUCCUUGAGAUUCAAUCCAAGCCAUACAUGAUAUGGCAAACUGAAUCUUGAAGCUUGGACCGAAGCAUGUCGGCACGUCUGAAAGGAGCCCAUGUGUUCCGAAUAAGGACUAGAGUCGAGCUGAUCUACAUGUGAAGGUCUUCGGAAUAAACCUGCAAUGAUUUCAACGAGCAAAACCCUCAAAAAAAGACUGAAUCCUUGAACUUUCUUAGCCGCCUCAGAAAAAAAAGGCUACGGAUAUAUGUACAUGUAAAUUUAUCUAUUUAUUUUUUACAAAUGAAUGCUGCACAUACCAAUGUUGUAUUAAGUUAUUUCAUGAUGUAUGUAUUUAUUUAAAUAAAUUUGCAUAAAACUCA